AUCGGACCAAGUUUCAGUUGCGAACAAACCGUCAGCGAGUGAGCAACAAGUUGGGCGUGCCGAAAUUGUUUAUAAUUAAUUUUCUCUUCAGUCGAGACUCGCAGCGGAUUUUUUUUUUUGUUGUAUUUUUUUGUUGUUCUUUUUUUUCUUAUUGUUUUAUUCUAAAAUAUUUCUGCGGAUGACGAAGAGCCGCAUUAAUAUGUGUUUAAGUGCGGCCCCUAAGAUCGCAGCCGAGAAAAAAACGGGGCAGUAAAUGGAUAUAUAGUGCGGAGUGCCCUAAACCGUAUUUUAAUUGCACUUAUAAUUGAGCACCAUACAUUGCCAAAACGAAAACGAAAUUGUAAUACAAUAAAACAAGCAAAACCAAAAAAAAAAAAAAAGCAAAAAAACAAAAGAGAGUGAAGAAAAGUGAACGAGAUCCGAGAUCCAAGCGCACAAGCACAAUGAAUUCGGAAUGGAUAACUUUGACCCUUCUCAUUGUCGGCAGUUUGAUAUCGGAUCAAGCUGUAGUCGCAUCACCGCAGCGCUACGAUCGCCUGCCUAUCCGGGGUCAUUCGCAAAUUAGUGGGGGCCAGGACCACGCCCCCCGCGAAGAUCGGGAGGACCUAUGCAGCCACUGCUUCUGCUCGCAAUCGAAGGCCACCUGCGACUUCAAGCAAAACAAAACGCUGUCGACAGUAUUCAACGAUAAAUACACGGUGCCGCUGAACAUCAAGAAUAUUGAGGUGCGAUUGAUGGCUGGCACCAAAUUUGUGAUGCAGGAGAACUUCUUUUCCAAGGGAAAUCAAGUGAACAACUUUGGCGUUAUCGGAGUGAAUAGCAACGAUCAGGUGGAGAUCACAAGCAAUGCAUUUCUACACAACAAAGGUGGCCUCCCCAGCAUCGACAUUAGAAACAUGUCCACGGUUUUCCUUCGCGAGAAAUUCCUGACAGGUGCGGAUUACAAAUUGCUGGUGGAGGACGUGGAUCAACUGACGGUGUUCCCCAACGCCUUUCAAAUGAACAAACUGGUUUGCUCUCUCAAGAGGAUAAAGAACUUGGAUCUGAUGAAGAACGCCUUUAAUCCCGAGGGUGCCACAUAUCGCAUAAACCUCCGCGUGGAGGACUCGACGUUCAAGGAACUAAACAGCUUUGGGGUUUCCAUGGGCAAGGUGAUGUUCCUGCGCUGCAGCAUCCAGUACAUAACGAGCCACACCUUCGACGUGACCAGCAUCCGAGAGCUGGUGAUCGAGGACUGCAAGAUCCUGGUGAUCGAGUCCCAGGCGCUGACCAACAAACUCCACAGCGAUUCGGUUGCCAUUCGAGACACAGUGAUUGGAACGAUUGAGGGUCAGGCGAUCAGCCAGAGCGGCAUAACCACCAUGACUCUGGAUGGCAACAAAAUCGCCACCAUCCGUUCGAAUGGCAUUCAGAUCGCCGCCGUGGAUUUGUGCAUUCGCAACAACUCAAUUGGCCGCGUGGAACCAAAUUGGCUGAGUGUUAGCCAGGCGGACCAUGUCGAGAUCGAGAACAACAGCUUCGAGGACUACGGCCAGUGUGAACUGAAUAUUGGUUCCGCCAAUUGCAGUUUCCGUAACAAUUACCUGCACAAUCCGCUGGCGGGUAGCCUAAACUUCACGUGUCGCGUUCACCAAGUGCGCGUUGGUCGCGAAUGUUCGUGCCAGAAAUCCUGGCUAACUUCACUCACCGAUCACGAUCUCGAAUCGGAGGUGAUGUGCCGGGUGGCGGAGGAUCACCGAGGCUGCUUAAAUGCCACCAGCACGGAUGUGCGACGGUUUGUGAACGAGGCAUGUGGCACGAAUGCCACACGCCAUUGCAUCGCCGGUCAGUGGGUAACCCGGCUGGCCAGCGAUCAGCUGAGCGGUACGGGCAAAUAUCCCAUCACCGAGAUAGCUUUGAUGAUUGCGGUGGGCACCGUCGGGCUGGUCAUCAUCUUUGGCUUGUUGGUCAAGUGCCUGCGAAGUGGCGGCACCGCCGGCGCCAAAAGCCAAACCGACAAAUGCCAAAUGUCGGAUGAGAUGCGCGAUCAGUUGCGUUCGCUGGCCAUGGAACUCGCCGAAGGAGAUGCCACCCGAAAGGGUGUCCUCAAGCUGAUCAAUGGAUCACCGAGUCAGCGGGAGUGCUACAAUAAGACCUUAUGCGUUCUGGGCAACAUGCAGCACAAGUCAUCGAGGAUCGAGGCUCUGCUGCUCCAGCACAUUUCCCAGUGCAACGGGAGCACCCGUCCCGUUGGCGAGAUGUACGGCGGUGGUCCGAAUCCCGUACCGCUGCCCAGUGCCCCAAGUCCGAGUCCCAGUUCGCAUGGCGGAAACGAGGAGGAGCCCAUCUACCAGGAGCCCGAUCAGCAGCUGCUCAUCUGCGGCGAGUACUCGUCGCCGGCGCACACGGAGGAGUACACGUACUCGGAGCCGAUAAAUGCCAUGAAUGCGAACGAUAUGCCGCCAGCUUAUCAAUAUGCCACGCCCAUGCGGAUCCUCUCGCCCACGCAGCAACAACAACAACAGCAAAGGCAACAGACGCAACAGGCGAGUGUGGCGAAUUAUGCCACGCCCGUUUGGCGAUCGACACCGAGUGCCACGCCCACCAGCCGACCGCCGUCGGGGUCACAGGGGUCAACGACGGCGCCGCGAGCGGUGAAGGAUCUGCGACAGGCGCUGCAGAACUCGCCGCAAUUCCAUCCCGAUCAGCUGACCUCGGCGCGCAACCAAAGACAGGUGCUGCAGGUUCAGCCGCCGCCGUAUGCCACCCAGGGUCACAAUAGGAGCGCACAGGUCAAAGGUCAGCGGAGGCGGAGCUUCGAGUGCCUCGACGGGGCCGCCAGUUUGGCGGCCAUGGAGCACAUGGACUCCGGAUCGGAUCACUCCGGCGGCAGCGAUGUGACCGUCCAAAUUGCCGAUGUGAUCGACUAUGCGGACGCCUAAAAGUAUGCAGAACUCCCAUUAUAUAGUCCUAUAUAUGUAUAUAUCCGCAUAUAUAUAUAUCUGCCACAAUUGUCACACCUGCCACCCACAACAAAUGAAGAAGGAGAAGAAAAAAAAGAGGAAAACACCGGCCAGCAGCAGCGCCAAAAAAACUAAUAUAAAAAAAAGAAAACACUUUGUGAUAUUCAUACAGUUUCCCUGGAUCUGCGAAGAAUGGAGAAGAGAUAUAUCUAGAGAGAACCGAUCGAGAAGAACGGGCUCAAUGGCCAACAUAAAAUAAGCUAGGUUAAGUGAAUUUAAACUAAAUAAAACUUAUUGCAGAAAACGCGCGACUGAA